AACUCACUCAUCACUAACUCUCCACCUCAGAGGAAGAGAAUGGUUUUGGAUAUUGAGACUUGGGAGCAGACCUUUCAAGAACUGAUGCAGCAGGAGAUACCCUGGGCCAAAUGGACCCUGAUGUUGGAUAGGACCCUGCAGCCAGGCUGCGUGGCCCGAGGUUGGAAGCAAUACCAACAGAGAGCAUUUGGCAGGUUCCGGUGUUCCUCGUGCCAGCGAAGUUGGGCUUCUGCACAAGUGCACGUUCUGUUCCACACGUACUGGGAGGACGGGAGAGCCCGGGGCCAGGUGCGUGUGCGGCUCUUUGCUCAGAGGUGCCAGAAGUGUUCCUGGCCCCAAUAUGAGAUGCCUGAGUUCUCCCCAGAUAGUACCACGAGGAUUCUGAACAACCUGGUGCGGCAUAUUCUGGAGAGAUACUAUGGAGGCGGCAUCAGGAAGUUUCCGCAGAUGCCGGUGAUCGCGGAGGUGCCUUUGGAAGGGUCCCAUGACUCGGCCAAUUGCGAGGCAUGCACUCUGGGCUUCUGCGUACGGGGCUUGCAAAGCCGCACCAGAGAGCCGUGCACAUCUCUGCUCCCCUACCAGGGAGCCGGGAGUUCCUCAUCUCAAAGCCGUGCCGCGUGCGUCCAAAACCAAGCCAGGAACCAAUUAGCUGAGGCCAAGAAGGCUCCAGGGAGUGUGCGUAGCUUUGUCUUUAUUGGGCCCAGAAGCAGCUGGGGUGAGGGGUCAGAGUUCAUCCACGGCUGGGGUGAGGGGUCAGGGUUCAGCCACGGCUGGGGUGAGGGGUCAGGGCCCAGCCAUGGCUGGGAUCCAUUGGUCAUCUGGGUCUGUAUUUUUCUGUUUGCCUUUUUUGUAGGCAACUGCGUUAGACAAAAUGAUUUUAAAUAGGCUUGCCGCCUUCUCUUCUCUUGUCUUAAUUCCAUCGUAAUCAAUGAACUGGCUGCCAUUUUAAUAUGAUAGGACUUUCUUUGAGACCUAGGAGGGUAAACUGUGUAAAAUAAGCACUGGUUUCCUGGAUAACCUCUGAAAUAGUCUAAAACGUAACCAAGCACAUUAUGGACCCAAUAAUAAAUAUUUGUUGAAUCACUAAAA